AUGGUGAGAAUGAAGAGCUUACUGAAUGGUAAUGUUUGGCUCUGGGACCGCGGCAAGUUCAUGAACAGAAGAUUUCUAAUGCAGGGCGAAGAAGUGGCGACCACAGUUAUAAAUGUUUCUCCUUGUUAUGCCAAUGGAAAACCGCUGAAUGAAGAAUUUUUCGUUGAGGAUCCCUCUGAGCUCCUUGGCAAAGAUUACCACUUCAAGGUCAGCAUUCGAAAUGCUAACGUUCAUGACAGCAGGUUCAACAAAGGGUUGUACAUCAAAUACAAGUCAUUCCAGGAAACCGAAUUCACCACAACUAAAACCGUGAAAGAUACUCUAUCACCGGAGUUCGAUGAAAAGGAUUCAAAAGUAUUUCACUUUGACGUUGUGAAACAAGAGCUCUUGGACUGGUUCGAUUCUGGCUGCAUCACUUUUCAACUGAUGGGCCGUCAAGAGGACAGCGAUCCGGAUUCCAGUCGUAAAAGAAUGACCACUAAGGAGUUGCGUCAAAUGGAAAUGCAAAUGACCAGGCCUGGUAUGGGUGCUCGAUCUACCACCAUGAUAGGCAAUGACAUCGCUCCUGCUCAACUUAAGGCCGAACACAUUUUGCUGAAGAGGAAAAACCAACUUCUGCUCAAGAAAGAAAAACGCAUCCAGGAUCUCUGUACCGAAUGGGCCAAAAAGCCGAAGGAAGAGCAGUCAUUUGAAGCUUUCCAUCGGGCAGUGAGCGCGGCAGCCGCUCACCAGUAUGGACGAACUAAAUACAAAGUCAACACGCUGAUGGUGAUGUUGAAGAAUCAAAACGGUACCACGGCUAAUGGCGGAGUCAUCAAAGCGGACCCCAAAGUCACAGAGGGGAGUCGCGCCUGCGUUAUUAUGUGAUAAACCGCUGGCCACCGUAGUAGUUUCACCGUGGGCCUUGCCAUCACUGUAGCAUUUUUGCCCUUAGUCGUUUGUAGAUUCCUAAAGUUUUUAACAAAUUGCUUAAAGAACUGAUGUAAAAGACUAGUGGAAACUUAUAUCCUUUUUAACUGUGGUCUUGCUGGACGAGCCCUUUGAACCUUGAACUUUCAGUUCCAGAAAAAGCAGCGUUUCACAGCCGUUUCUUUCGUGGAACUUAACACCCCCCCCCCCCCGCCCCCCCCCCCCCCCACCCCCCCCCCUUCACUUUGAGCUUUGAGCAGGUAUCACUCCAUUUGUACUUAACACUUGACCCUUUGUGCCCGAGACUGAUCAGCAGUCAACUUCUCUUUUCCUUAGUAGAGCAUUUUUGAGCUGACGGGUGAUGAGAGACAGUGAAAGCCAUCAACUUUGAGAUAAAUUUUCUUGAUUUACAACUAAUUUCUCAUACCUUGCACAAGAACAACCGUAUGACAAUUAGGAAAGGGAAUUCGCAAUUCAAUCUUUGGACGUAAAAGGUUAGUACCAUGUAAGAACACUAGGAUGUGAAAACCGGUGCGGUUGUUUUGCAUAGCAAAAUAUUUAAAUCUUUAAUCAACGAAUCAGUAAGGUAUUUGAAAGUGGAGAAUAUAUAUUUUUAUAAACGGAGAUUGAUCAGUGAAUGCGUAGGUUUCUUUUUUUCUCAAGCGUGCUUCUAAUGGUUGUCAGAUAAGUCUUGAUCUAGGUGUUCAGGAAAAAAAUGAUAGGAACAUAGUUGGUAAUAUUUAUUGCACCUUUUGUACAGAUCUGUUGUUUUUGUAGUCAUAAUCUUUGUAAUAAAAUGACAACUGUGGAUUGUGA